AUGGUCGAACAACCAAGCGAACGGGUCGGACUUGGCCUAAGCGAAUUAUGGAAGAAUUUCAUAGAGGUUUUUUUCGAAUUCGCGAUGAUUUAUAAGAGUGAGGAUGAGUGUCCCAAGCACACAGUGCCGUACUUCAACCGACAACAGCUAAAAGCCAUGGGAUUCUACCCAAACUCGGAGGAAAGAAGGAUGCCUGGCCGCAGAACAUGGCAUCAGGUUGCUUUGAUUAAAGCGAUGAUAUUUUUCUAUUCAACUUGUUACGCCGUCUUCGAAUCCUUGGACGACAUUGUGGAAUUAGGACGAGAUCUUGCAUUCAUAAUAGCGGCUUUUUUUAUAAUUUUCAAGUUAAUUUAUUUCCUCCUGUAUGCCGAUAAAGUGGACGAGGUAAUCGAUGGCCUUGAGGAGUGCUAUCGUUGGGAGAGAAAGGGUCCAGCUGCUGCAGGAGUGAGAUCCGAAAAACGUUUGCAUUUUCUAUAUAAUAUCGGAAUGCAAUCAAUUUGGGUGAUUUUCAUGGUCGUCUUUAUCAUUCUCUUGAUUUCUACACCCUUAUUGACACAGCAGGACCUGCCCUUCCAUGCUUCCUACCCGUUCCACUUGCACGAUCCAUCGAGCCAUCCGACAACACACAUUCUUAUCUACUUAUCACAAUGCUUCGACAUUGUGUACUUCCUCGUGUGGCUAGUAUCUACCGAGGGCAUGUCCGUCGCCAUUUAUUCUCAGCUUACGGCUGCUCUCAGUGUCUUGUGUGUUGAGUUUCGGCACCUCCAACAAGUCUGCAAUGGCGACGAGGAUCUCCUACGCAGAGAGAUCACCCGUCUGGUCAGGUUUCAUCAGAAAAUAAUCAGUCUGGUUGAUCGAUGCAAUGAGGUAUUCCACGCACCCUUGAUCAUGCAAAUGAUUGUCAACUUCUUGCUCGUCUCCCUGUCAGUCUUUGAGGCAAUGAUGGCCAGGCAUGACCCCAAAGUGGCAGGUCAGUUUAUAGUUCUGAUGAUUCUGGCCUUGGGUCACCUUUCGAUGUGGUCGAAAUUCGGGGAUAUGAUGUCGCAAGAGUCACUGGAAGUGGCAGAGGCGGCCUACGCAGCGUAUGACCCGAAUGUUGGGUCCAAGGGAAGCCAUAAGGAUAUCCGUCUUGUCAUUCUGCGGUCUCAAGAGCCCCUAAUUAUGAGAGCAAGCCCCUUUCCUGCUUUCAACAUGAUCAAUUACAUGGCCAUACUCAACCAGUGCUAUGGAAUCCUCACGCUUUUGCUGAAUACUAUGGAAUAG